UUCUUCCUUCUCAUACUCAACAAAUCUCUCUCUCUCUCUCUCCCUUGGAAAAAAAAAUUCCCUCAAUUAAAGAGAGAAAUGGCAGCUUUACUCUUAGGCCAUGCCUUAUUAAUAGCUAUUCUCAUCCUCCAUUUCCCUACCUACAUAAAUUCUAGCCCACCCACUGCACCAUUGCCUAGCAACACAAACACCCAAUACAUCAGAACAACAUGUAACUACACAACCUAUCCAAGAUUGUGCUAUCACUCUCUCUCAAUCUAUGCUAGCAAAAUCAAGACAAACCCAAAAUUACUAGCCAAUACUGCCCUAAAUAUAACCUUCAAGGCCACCGAAUCAACAUCAAGAUUGAUGAAGAAGAUGUCAAGGAUCCAUGGUUUAAAUCCAGGAGUGGCUGCAGCCUUGGUAGAUUGUAUGGAAGUGGUCGGUGACUCAGUUUAUGAGCUACAAAGGUCUAUUGGAGAAAUGGGUCAUGCUAGUGGAGCAAAUUUUUAUGGAGUGAUGGAAGAUAUACAAACAUGGGUUAGUGCAGCAUUAACAGAUGAUACUACUUGCAUAGAUGGGUUCGAUGAACAGCCCAACUUAAAUGGGAAUGUGAAGAGAAUUGUUAGAAAACAUAUACUGAAAAUUUCACAUUUGACUAGUAAUGCCUUAGCUCUUAUAAACAAUUAUGCUUCAUCCCAAGCCAGGCUACCCUAGUGAUUUGGACAGUAUCUUCUGGUUUCGGUUUGCCAUAUAUGUGGAGCUGUAUUUCUUACCCGUACCAAGUUCGGAUGAGGUUUCUUAUCUUCGGCUUGAUUACAAGUGCGGAAUUGUGACUCGUGAAGUGAUACUGUACAGUUUUCAUAUAGGCUAGAUACGGAAUUUGCUCUCUGUCUAAUCGUGAUUUUCUACCUCUAAACUCAAUUUUAAUUUAA